AUGCGCGAAAAACCUGAGACCCGCUCGCCGAUUAAAAAACGUCAGCGGAGAGACAAGAGGGCAUAUUCCCCUUCACAAUAUGCGCCUCCUUCUAAGACCAAGAAAACCAACUUAUCUUCAAGCCGAGCCAGCAGGAAAAUUCAACGGCGUCAUUUUCAACAGCAUUCAACUGUCACUCAGGAGCCAUCACCUGCUUCAACAGUUGAUCAUCCUCCUACAUCAUCUGCUUCUGGUGAGCUGAAUUAUAACUUUUUAAGUGACUGCAAACCGCAGGGCACUAUUAAUCAAGAGAUUAAUUCACUUGACAUUGAUUCUUCUAAAUUGAAGAUUCAGUUGUUUGAUGAAUUUUUACUUUACCUAUCUAAAAAGGAUGAAUCACCAAAAAAUGUUUGGUCUGGAUUAGCAGAUGUCAGUCAAGUUAAUACCCUUAAUAGUCUGACUGCUGCUAAUUCAACCAUUCAACCGUUCACUAAUGUACCUAAAAUGUCCAAUAUUAACCCUGAAAUGGCAGUAAUUCCUGAGCUUGAAUUUAACUCAGAUACUAUUUUGGAGGCAUAUAGAAAUUUUGGCGGAUUGGGUUGGUGUCUGUAUGACGAAUCCUUUCGUCAGAAACUUGCAGUAUCUGUUUCGCAUUUAACGAGUCGCAUUGCAGAUGGCAACAUAAUUGCAAAUACCGACACGAGUGUUCUUUCUGUGCCGGUUCUCAUUCAGCCUCAAAAUGUUUUAAAAAACAAGGUAUUCACUUCCCAAUUUCUAACAAGGAAAUUCAAUCGUUUAAACAAGGUGACUCCGCUGAAUUUGCCAAGAAUAAUUCAGUGGCUAGGUCAUUACCCAAACAUUCAGAUGGCUAAUUUAUUAAUUGACAGUUUUACCAAUGGGUUUUUCAUACCUGAAUUUGUGGGUCCAGGUUGCAUUCUAGUUGAAAAUGCGUUAUCUGUAAAACAAAAUAUUGACAUUGUUAAAGAAAAAAUUGAAUCUGAAAUUUUGGCAGGUAGGAUUGCUGGUCCCUUUGAUUCUCCCCCCUUCUUGAAUUUUCGUAUAUCUCCUUUAGCUUUAGUUCCUAAAAAAGAACCAAAUUCUUUUCGUCUUAUUCACAAUUUAUCUUAUCCUAAAUUCAGUUCCUUAAACGAUGAGAUGGAAAAAAAUAAAGCCAGUGUGAAAUACUCCUCAUUUGAUCAAGCUUUGUCUUUUUUACAAAAAGCAGGCCGCAAUUCUCUUCUUGCCAAAGCUGACAUUAAAUCUGCUUUCAGACUACUACCUAUAAACCCCAUCGGUUAUAAUUCUUUGGGUUUUUAUUUUCUCGAUAAAUUCUUUUAUGAUAUGGCCCUUCCCAUGGGAUUCACCCUAUCUUGCUUUUAUUUUGAGGCGUUUUCAACUUUUCUACACUGGGUUAUGGAUAUUCACUCAGGUAGUGGAUUUUUACUACAUUAUCUCGAUGACUUUUUAUUUAUAGGUCGUGAAGAUUCGGAUGAUUGUAUGAAUCUUCUGAAUAGAUUCAUUGGUAUAGCUAAAUAUUUCUGCAUUCCAUUAGCUGUAGAUAAAACUGUCUAUCCUACUACGAAUCUCAAGUUUUUGGGCAUAGAUAUAAAUACAGUAACAAUGGAAUUUAGCAUACCAAUGGAAAAAAUCCAGAAUACUGUUCAACAAUUAACUCGCAUAUCCGGAAAAGAAAAAAUUACGCUUAAACAACUUCAGUCUCUUUUAGGUUCUCUUAAUUUUAUUUCUCGUGUGAUUCCCAUGGGAAGGGUCUUUUCUAAAAGAUUGUAUGCUGCCACAUCAGGACCUUCAAAAGUUGUAUGGAUUUUUGGGGAUGAACUGAUUCAAUUGGCUGAGAGAAGAUCUGCUUUUAGACAUUCUACUGUUAAUUUAGGUUAUUCAGCAGAAUUUUCCAUAAACUGGUUUUCCUUUGCUGACCUUAAAAUUUCUGAUAUCUUCAAGAAUGUCAGCCUUAUAUAUUCAAAAAUGUCGAAACCUGACCUGUUUAUUUUACAUAUUGGCUCGUUUGAUUUGGGAAAAAUCAAAACGCAUUUGUUAAUUUAUGAAUUAAAAGAAUUGUUAUGUAAAAUAUGCUACUUACUUGAUGGUGUUGUACUCGUAUUUUCUGACAUCAUCCCAAAAUUUUCUUGGUUCAAUUCUGAGUUAUCCUUUCUGGAAACAAUUAGGAAAAGAAUUAAUAAAAAAAUGGAGAUUUAUUUGAAGGAAAUUGGUCAUGGCAAUUACAGACAUGUUGAAUUAGAAGGAUUCGUUAGAGGACUUUACCAAGAAAAGGAUGAUCAGCUUUCUGAUAUUGGAUGUGAUAUAUUCAUUUCAGAUUUGCAGAACAUAAUUGAUAAUGGUUUUUAUUAAAGGCUUGCAAUGUUUAUUGGGCCACUUGUUUUUAUGUGGCGUUGUGGGGUUAAGUCACUCUCUGAGUGGACUGAGUGUUAUAUGGUUUAUUGGUUUAAAUAUUUACUUAUUUAUAUUUGAGAAUAAAUUGGAUUAACCAGAUUAUAAUUAAUUGGUUAAGUAAUAAGCA